GCUAUUUGUAUUUCCGAUGGGGAAAGCGCGCCAAAUUUGCUAUUAUCAACAAAAGCGGGAAAAGCUGUGAACAACAAACCGAUCAUGGUGCGAACAAAGGCAGAUGGUGGAUCAAGUUCUGCUUCAAGGAAAGUUGUUGCAGCGAGAGCCCCACGCAAGGCCCUGGGUGGAAGUGGACCCAGUUCAUCAGCAAGUAACUCCCCCAGCGGUAAAUCAGCUAAAUAUGCGGGCGGGAACUCGGCGUGUCCAAGGCCGACUCCAGACUGGCAGAAAGGCAUCAACUCGUUCUUCCAGUCGCCACAGAAAGGCAAGGAGAAUCAGAGCCCGAGCGACUCAGAGUCUGUGGGGAGCGGCAGUAGCCAGGGCAGUUCAUCCUCCGCCUCUUCCUGUCCAGACUCGGGACCAUCCUGUAGUUCUGAUGACUGAUGACAGGGCAAUACAGACAACAUUAAAGCAUUGAGUGAGAUGAAUUCCCAGAAUAGUCAGCUGACACCUCGUGUUUUUAAUGAGAAGAACUUUUUAUAAGUCAAACAAAGUCUUCAUCAGUUCAUGAACAUAUGGCAGGGAGUUCAUUUUACUUCGAGAUUCCCUACAAAAGCCAAGACAGAUUCAUGUGGCAUAUAUCAUAAAUACAUGUUAUACCUGUAUAAACUGUAAUCUUGUAUGUAUGAGAGAGAGAGAGAGGGGAGAGAGAGAAGGAGCGAUAAAUGUUUCAAAAUUAUUUUUUUAAUAAAAUUUUAAAAAUUUUA